AUGGAUGUAAUCGAUGAUUAUGGAGCUGAUGCUUUAAGAUUGUACCUUAUCAAUUCUCCAGUUGUGCGGGCUGAAACUUUGCGUUUCAAGAAGGAUGGAGUCUAUAAUGUUGUGAAAGAUGUCUUUCUUCCAUGGUAUAAUGCAUACAGGUUUCUUGUUCAGAAUGCCCAGAGACUUGAGGUUGAAGGACUUGCACCAUUUUCUCCUGUUAGUCCAACAGCUCAGCAGAAAUCUUAUAAUGUGCUUGAUCAGUGGAUCAACUCAGCUACUCGAAGUCUUGUACAUUUUGUCCGCAAAGAAAUGGAUGCUUACCGACUUUACACGGUGGUUCCAUAUCUUCUGAAGUUUCUGGACGACCUGACAAAUGUAUACGUCCGCUUCAAUCGGAAGAGAUUGAAAGGUCGUACUGGGGAGGAAGGUUGCCGAAUCGCUCUCUCCACUCUCUACAACGUGCUUCUAACUGCUUGUAAAGUGAUGUCAUCAUUCACACCGUUCUUCACAGAGGUCCUCUAUCAAAAUAUGCGGAAAGUUUGUGCAAACUCAGAAGAAAGCAUUCAUUAUUGCAGUUUUCCUCAGGAAGAGGGAGAGAGAGAUGCACGAAUUGAGCAAAGUGUUUCAAGGAUGAAGACCAUUAUCGAUCAUGCUCGUAAUAUCCGUGAGCGGCAUAACAAACCUCUCAAGUCACCACUUAGGAAGAUGAUUAUUGUUCAUCCUGAUGGAGACUUCCUUAAUGAUAUAGCUGGAAAACUAUGUGAGUUUGUACGAGAGGAACUCAAUGUAAAAGAUCUCAUCACAUGUAAUGACACUUUGGAGUAUACUUCUCUACGAGCAGAGCCCGAGUUCAGUGCGUUAGGUAAACGGCUUGGAAAAGAUAUGGGAGUUAUUGCCAAAGAAGUGAAAGCAAUGUCUCAAAACGAGAUUUUGGAGUUUGAGAAAGUUGGUGAACUUACCAUAAUGAUGCACUGCCUAAAGCUAACUGACAUCAAGGUUCGUCGGGAAUUCAAACGUCCUGAUGCUUUGACCGAGAAGGAAAUGGAUGCUGCUGGAGAUGGUGAUGUACUAGUUGUUUUGGAUUUACGGCCAGAUGAGUCCUUGUUUGAGGCUGGCUUUGCUCGCGAGGUGGUCAACAGAAUCCAAAAACUAAGGAAAAAGCUUGCGCUUGAUCCUACUGAUGCUGUGGAUGUUUACAUUGAAUCCUUGAAGGAAAACUCAACCCUGCAGCGAGUUCUCGAUUCACAGGAACUCUAUAUCAGGGACGCAAUUGGUUCUCAGUUGCUUCCAUCUACUGCAAUGCCAUCACAUGCUGUGGUGAUUGGAAACGAGGCUUUUCACGGGAUCUCUGGUUUGUCAUUCUCAAUCUCUUUGGCAAGGGCAGCGGUGAUGAUAAAUUCAGAAUCUUGUGCUGCUUUAUAUGGAGGAAAUACUCGAUUUUGUCAGAUGUUACAAGUUUACUUGGUGUCUAGGGACCAUAGUAAUCUCAAAAUAGAGGUCCAGCUAGGAAAUGGGACAAUAAGGGUAGAUUCCAUUGAGAAUCUGCCUCCUGUGGAGCUAGAGUUGGGAAGGCACUUUCACUUGACCGUAGGAGAUCACUUCGUGGCUACAAGAAUGCAACUUGGCUGA